UGCGCGUCUACCAGAAACCAAAUACUAGUUUAAGUUUUUGAAUUCGCAAAUUUCGAAUCGUCGCCGUUUUUGUUGAAAACAAAAUCAGUUUUAUUUCAAUUCGUGUAGGAAGAACAAUUGCACGAUUUCUUUUUUGUUGGAGCUUUUUUUCUUCGUUCUGGAAACGUACAAUUAAGGCUCUCUACCUUUUUCCUUUCUGGGAUAAAUUUUGGUCUGAUAAAUGGAUUCAGGUGUUAUUGCUGCUUAUGUUUAUGAAAAAAACCAGGACUCUAAUGAAUCUGAUGAUCUUGUUGCUGUGAUCAGUUCGAAGAUUCAAAGUGGAGAAUUCAGAAUUGUUGAUCUUGUUGCCAAUUUGGGCGAGUUUUUAACAAGAGAUGACAAUAAUGUUAGAGGAAAAGCUCUUUUGCUUCUUUCCUGCGUAUUAGAAAGACUUCCUUCUGAUUAUUUAACGGCUAAGCAUGUGUACGUGCUAUUUCAGUUCUAUUUAAAUCGGUUGGACGACGAAUUUGUUUUAAAAGAAAACAUGAGGGGUCUUGGGGCUAUCUUAAAAAUGAAUCAGCUUCCCAUUCAGCAAAUUCCUACUUUUUUGGAGCACAUUUCCACUCAAAUUGACAUGCCAAAGUAUUCUCAAUCCACUCGGCAUGCAGUCUUGACUACUCUCAAAAUUUUCCUCACUGUUCAUAUGGACAGCCUUGUGAAAGCCGGGCCGUCUUUCUGUUAUCCUAAAUUUGUAAAACUAUUUCAGGGAGAAAAAGAUCCUAGAAACAUUAUGCUGUGCUUCGAAAUGAUUAAGCUGCUGAUUCAAAAUUUGGAUGUAACUCCUUACGCAGAAGAGAUUUUCAACAUAUCGUAUUGUUACUUUCCAAUUACGUUUCGUGCACCUGCCAAUGAUCCUCAGUUUCCCAUUACCACCGAGCAGUUAAAGCACAGCUUGCGGGAUGUGUUAGUUUCCACGAGUCUUUUCUCACCCUUUCUACUCCCUCUAUUAUUUGAAAAGCUCAAAGCAUCUGCUGCUCGAGUGAAGCUUGAUACGCUGGACAUACUCUAUCAUGCUUUCUGUUUUUGGCCCAUUGAAUCGUUCUCGAAUGAAACGAAAAAUUAUUGGGUGUCUGUGAAACAUGAUAUCUGGGAGGAGACGGAUACGAACGUGAAAAAUGAAGCAUUAAAGGUUCUGAACAAGCUUGCAUUGCGUAUGUCAGAAAGUUCAGCGCUGGUUGAGCAAAAUAGGCAAUGGCUCAGUCUAAUUAUCGAUGAGAAUUUACAGAAUAUUACUAAGGAUUUCGAUAAUAAGGCUGGAAUUUCUUUUGGCGCCAGCUUUGCAGCUAUUUCGAGCAACAAUCCUGCUGUCUUUGAGUUUUCUUUUGACAAGGUUGUCAAGUUUCUUGAAGACAACUGCAAAGCCGAGGAAUCACUUCCUAAAAAACAGACCCUGUUAUCAUUCUGUUCAUACCUUGUGGAUUCAGCACUUAAAGUAUACGGAAGGAGAAAGCAGGUUAAAUCCGUUGAAAUAUCCCCUCUUUUUCUUCAAAGCAAGAAUCUGCUUCUUGUUUUUGCUUAUGCCUCCCUUGAAGGCGUGAGCAAAGAUCAAGUUCAAUUGAGGACGCUCGCCUUGCGCUGCGUGCAUAAGAUCGCUUGUAUCCGUGGAUACAUGAACGACGAAGAAGUUGCAAUGGUUGCCCGUAUUUUAAGGGACAUAGCUUUCGAUAAAGAUGAACCUUUGUCGAAAGACGCUGUUGAAAAAAUUGCGGACUUAGCUAAGUAUAAGCCUACUAUCAUCUCUGAAGUGUGUUUCCCAACAGCGUUUUCGCAACUUGAGCUUUCUGCAAAUCAAUCUAGUGAAGGUUUCUCCCACGCGUUCCAUGUUUUGGAGCAGAUUUCUACGGAGACAUUUUUGUUUAAUAGUCUUGUCGUUCGUACGACCGCAUUGAUUGAGGAUCAAUUGCGAAAUGAAACCGAAAAUUCAAAACUUGUAGACCUUGCUUUACAAACACUCCUUCGGACACUUAGACGCAAACUAAAGGAAAAUUCAACGGAUGCUUAUCUUCAUGGAAAAGAUCUACUUUCUUGGAUAUUUAAGCAAGCACAGAGCUAUGCGCUAAAUGAAGCUCGUCUUCAUGUUUCAUCGCUUUUGACAAUGUCCCGGAUGGUAAACGAACUUGUGAGGGUUUUCUCGCACGAUGACCAAGAGGAAUUUUUCCAACAGGUUUGGAACCUUUAUCUUCCGGUUCAUCCUGAGUCACAACGUACUUCUGCUUUGAAAGUUUAUUUUGAUGAUAAGGCGAAACAAUUUCGACCUUUCCAAAUUGAGAGCAAUCAGAAAUUGCAUGAUACAUUACCUCUUUUUUGUGCGGCCUAUACCGCAUUAAGACCUACUGUAUCGUACAUUCGUACACUGGACGUGGAGCUUGUUUCCUUAUUCAUAAAACUUGUCUACAAUGACAAUUCAAACAUUGUUAAGAUGUUCCUUUUACGUUCUAUUUGCAGUGCUAUAAAUAAGGCAGAUUCAGUUGAUGCCUUCCUUAAUAGUCCGGACUAUGUUAGUUGUUACAAAAACUUCGAAACUGGUACAAAUGCGGAUCAGUCUCUCGACAUAGUGGCUUUUGUCAUCAAAGGUUUAGUUGGACGUAAUUACACCCAAGCUAUUGCAUCUCUGAAACAAUACGUUAAGAUUUUGGAAAGUGAUCGAUUCAUUCGUCUGCUUCCUAACGAAAUUUUAUACAUCUGCAAGGACGAUUUUUACUUAUCAAAGGAAAAUCAUUUUGUACAAAAACUGUUGUUCAAGCAGAAGCUGUAUAAUGCCAUCAUGCCUUCCUUGAUGACAUCGUUGCAAGAUGCUUCUGAACAGAGAAAGCCAGCAUAUUUAAUGGCAUUGGCCAACGUGAUCGGUAAUGUGCCAAAUGAGAUUGUAAUGAGCGAUUUAUCAAAUCUAUUUCCUCUUUUAUUGCAGUCCUUGUCUUUGGAUAAUCCAGCGGUCAAGUAUUAUGCAUUAAAUGUGAUACUCGCAUCCAUAACAGAGCUCCCCGAACUUGUUGCUGAGCAUAUCGAGACGCUUAUUGAUUUAUUGCUCAAGGCCGCUUGUGAUCUCAACAACUUGUUUAUCGUCAGACUCACAGCGUUAAAGUCACUGGGCUCUAUUACCGAACAGAUUCCUGCUCCAAAGCUUCAACCAUUGCGUAAUCGUGUUCAGAGAGAGCUGGUGAAGGCUUUGGACGAUCCUAAGCGUGAUGUUCGUGCAGCAGCGUGUAGUGCACGACACAAAUGGUUUUCUUAGAGAAAAAUGCAGAUUACGUGUAUUGAGAGUGGUUAAAAUUUGUUAGUUUCAUUAAAUAGACAACGUUUUUUGUUGAUAUGGGAUA